GCUACGGCGGCGGCAGAAGAGUGGGUGGCUUUGCGUGGGGCACAGUGGAGUUGGCGAACGGCCGGACACUUUCCUCCCUCGGCUGCCCAGGGGCUGCCCGGCCCCCAUUUCCGGGGCCUCCCACUCGACCGAGGGGGCCGAUGGAAGAGUCUCUAAGGAGGCGGCGGUGGGGAGAGGCAGCUUUUGGCAUCUGGGCGCCUGCCCCCCACGCAGCGAGGGCUGGGUUAAGGGUUCCUCGACCUCGCCACGGGGCGCGGAGGCAGCGGCGCAGCCCUGGCCUCGAAGUCCUUCCCCCAUGUCCGCGAUGGUCAAUGAAUGGUCAUUGAAGAUCAGAAAAGAAAUGAGAGUUGUUGAUAGGCAAAUAAGAGACAUACAAAGGGAAGAAGAAAAGGUGAAACGAUCUGUGAAGGAUGCCGCUAAGAAGGGCCAGAAGGAUGUGUGUGUGGUUCUGGCCAAGGAGAUGAUCCGCUCAAGGAAGGCCGUGAGCAAGCUCUACGCGUCCAAAGCCCACAUGAACUCCGUGCUCAUGGGGAUGAAGAACCAGCUCGCGGUCCUGCGCGUGGCUGGUUCCCUGCAGAAGAGCACAGAGGUGAUGAAGGCCAUGCAGAGCCUUGUGAAGAUCCCAGAGAUCCAGGCCACCAUGAGGGAGCUGUCCAAAGAGAUGAUGAAGGCUGGGAUCAUAGAAGAAAUGCUGGAGGACACUUUUGAAAGCAUGGAUGAUCAGGAAGAAAUGGAAGAGGCGGCAGAGAUGGAAAUUGACAGAAUUCUGUUUGAAAUCACAGCAGGGGCCUUGGGCAAAGCGCCCAGUAAGGUGACCGACGCCCUGCCAGAGCCCGAGCUCCCAGGAGCAAUGGCUGCAUCUGAAGACGAGGAGGAGGAGGAGGCCCUGGAGGCCAUGCAGUCACGCCUGGCCACACUCCGCAGCUAAGGCCGCCCCACGGGGUGUGCACACUCCCCCGAAGAGCUGCCUCUCUUGUUUCUCUUGCACUGCACCUCUGCCGAGAGGCGUUGCGUUUGGGAGAAGGUUCUCUGCUAGUAUCUCCUCGCUCUCUGCAGAGGCUUUGGGGUCCCCACGGGGUUGCCCUUCUCCAGGUGGUGUCAUUAAACGCAUCUCAGGAGUGAACGGCAGCAGGAUCUUCCUGGGGGAAGGCAGAGCAGUCGUUUGCUCAUCAAGCACUCUGAGACUGAAUGUGGAGGACUCUGUACAUUUGUUUAGUCUGUAGAACACUAUAUAGAGGGACUUUAAUAAAUUUCUGCUUUGACUCUUG